UCCGCCCCCUGGCUUCCAUUUCUGAACUGAAGCAACGCCGMGGAUCUCGCGUACAUUCAUCGUCUUUUUUUUUAUAAUAUACACGUUUAAGUAAAUAAACUCGGUUUGUGAAUCGUUUACUAGGGUAUUUUUUUAAAAGUUGUGAGUGAAACAACACGUAUCCAUCGUUUUGUUCUGUUUGAGUUGAGGCUAAAUCUGAAGCUAGCAUUUUAUACUCCAUUUUAACUUUACAGAGUGAGCGGCGUUUUCCGCCGUUUUUUUUUCGCCGCCCCCCUUGUGUGUGAGUGAGUAGGGGCCUGCGACGUCGGUUUAGCCACGAGGUUCGUCGGUACUAUUGGAUCAGAGCGAUGGCGGAGUUCGGUAACGGACUGGCGGAUGAAUCYCUACUAGAUUCGGACCACGGACAUCCCGAUUUAGAAGACCCGGGUGUUGGAGACGAAGARCCGGGGUUAGAAGAGGGAGAGGCCGCAAUUGAAGACCCGGAGCUGGAGGCAAUUAAAGCCCGGGUCCGAGAAAUGGAGGAAGAGGCAGAAAAGUUAAAGGAGCUACAGAACGAGGUGGAGAAACAGAUGAAUCUCAGCCCCCCACCAGUCGGUCCGGUCAUCAUGUCCAUCGAGGAGAAGAUGGAGGCAGAUGGCAGAUCUAUUUAUGUCGGCAAUGUGGACUACGGCGCCACGGCCGAGGAGCUGGAGGCUCACUUUCACGGCUGCGGUUCAGUAAACAGAGUCACCAUCUUGUGCGACAAAUACACGGGGCAUCCCAAAGGGUUUGCUUAUAUUGAGUUUGCAGACAAAGAGUCGGUUCGAACGGCCAUGGCUUUGGAUGAGUCUCUGUUCAGGGGAAGACAGAUUAAGGUGGGAGCUAAGAGAACAAACAGACCUGGCAUCAGCACCACAGACCGCGGKUUUCCACGGGGUCGGUUCCGAUCACGGGGAGGAAGCUUCUCCUCRCGAGCGCGCUACUACAGCGGCUACACGCCACCCAGAGGCAGAGGGCGGGCCUUCAGGUUUCAGGACCAGUGGAGGCUGACGACUCCUCCCCAGGUGGCGCCGGCCCCGCCCACUGUCUCCGCAGCGUCUCUGUCUCUCUCCGCUCCCGCUAUGCACACUCACCCCAUUUUGUCGGUGUGGGGGGGCGGGGGCGGGGGGCAGGGCGACCACAGGCCCGCCGCCGGGGGCAUUUACUACAACAGCAAACGCUGAUGACGCUUUAGUUUCUUUUUUUCUUUGUUUGUUUCGUUUUAUCCUUUUUAAAUUUCUCGUCGCACUUCAGAAACACAUUAACUCACACACAGCCGAUAUUUCUACUCACAGCUGAAGCCAGAUUAGCCGAAGGGGCAGACAGGCGAAGGCAGGAGCA